UGAUAUGAUCGCCAUGCUUCAGCAAGAUCGUCAAAAUCAUUUUCUCAGAUGGGAAAGGGGGUUGUGCUGUCAUGCUAUAGGGGGUUGUGAUCUGAUCUCAUGUUUAUGCUUCUAGAAAUAGUAUUGAACUAAAGUGAUACUUUCUAUUUCUUCAAUUUUUGUUCUGAUAUACGAAGAGCUCCACCGAAUCAUAUGCUUUUAUAGUCCCACUGGAUUGGAAAGGAGUACUACAAGAGAGGACCAUAUGGUAAUGAUAUUCACAGGACGAAUGCGCCUCAUAUCAGGCUGGAAUUCUGUGACACUGUAUGGUGUUUAUUUAAAAAGUUUCGUUUUUCUUGCAAAGCUUAAUUGUGCACCUCUUCUCUGCAAAUUUUCACUUUUACUGGGGCUCAGCAACUCAGUUACAUCAGAGGAAAACUCUAAUCUGUAUGUUGAAGAAUCUGAAGUAUUAGUUCUACUAAAAGUUUCGGUCCAGAUGAUUUAUUCCCAUGUCUCAAAUUUCUUAGUUCUGUUAGUGGGAGAAAAUAUCGGAUGAAGAAAGUCUUUAAACGAACGGACGGUGUUCUCAGUGUUGUUAUUGAUGGCCACAAAACAAAAAAGACAGCCUUAGACACUAUUUGCGACGAUAGGCCAAAGGAUGAAGAUUUGCAUGAGGUGCUCCUUGCUAUUCAGGGGAGUGAUCAGGCUACACUCACACAUGACCACAUCAAAAAUCUGAUUUUGCAGGGAGUAUGGCUGUUCGAUCAAUCUUGGAAUGGGCCAUGGUGGAAAUAUUCAAAAUCUGAAGUAUAUUGAAACAUAGUGAAAUAUUUUAAUCAUUUUUUGAAUUUUUAUUAUCAAAUUUUUUCCAUAUAUUUUAACAAUUAAAUAAAAAAAGAGCUGAAAAUUAUUACCGUGUAAAUUUAUAAAGAAUUUUAAAUAAUCUUUUUCAAUCGCGCGAAGUGCGGGUUUUUUCCUAGUUCUAAUAUAUAGACUUACAUGGUAUUUUUCUACAAUAUCAAGAUGCCAGGGAGACAUACACAGUGUUUAUUUGGGAGGUGGCUGAAUGAGCACCAGGUCGGUCAUUGGAGUGUAAAGUCAUUAGAUAUUAUUUGCUUAGUGCUUGGACAUGUGAUGGAAGUAGAUAUUAUUUUGUUCUUUUUCUUUUGUUUCCAUCCAUGUUCAUAUGCCCUUAAAUUAUACUUCUAGUAUACAUAAAUUCCACCAUACUUAAAAGCUUCGACUAUGUAUGUCAAUAAUUCAUUCCAUGAUUGUAGUUUUGAUGAAAGAAACACUAAUUUGUGCAUAUGAAAGUGGCACAUGUUUUCUUUGACAUUCUCUGGAUUUAAAAAUCUGAGUAUUGGUUAAAGAUUAUGAAAUGGAGAGUUUGAGGAAAUAUAUGUUUGGUUUGAUGGUGAAAGCUUGGAGAAUUUGUGGUAAGGCAUGGACAAGUAUUUGGACAGUGGGCAAAGAAGAUCCUAGAAGGAUCAUUCAUGCAUUUAAGGUUGGUUUGUCCCUCACACUAGUCUCCUUGCUAUAUCUAAUGGAACCUUUAUUCAAAGGCAUUGGUUCUAAUGCAAUGUGGGCUGUCAUGACUGUGGUGGUUGUGCUUGAAUUCACUGCUGGGGCUACCUUGUACAAAGGACUGAAUCGAGGAUUAGGAACACUGGUAGCUGGAUCAUUGGCUUUUCUAAUGGAGUUUAUUGCUACUGAAUAUGGGAAAAUUUUCGGAGCCAUUUUCAUAAGUGUUGCCGUGUUUGUAAUUGGGUCAGCAGCUACAUACAUGAGAUUUUUGCCUGAUAUAAAGAAGAAUUAUGAGUACGGCGUCGUUAUCUUCUUGUUGACAUUUAAUCUGAUAACCGUUUCAAGCUAUCGUGUUGACAAUGUGCUGAAAAUUGCAUAUGAUCGCUUUUACACCAUUGCCAUUGGUUGUGGAAUCUGUCUUGUUAUGAGCCUUCUACUCUUUCCCAACUGGUCAGGAGAAGAGCUCCAUAAUUCCAGUGUCUCUAAACUAGAAGGAUUAGCCAUGUCAAUCGAAGCAUGUGUGUCGCAAUACUUCAAAGAUCAUGAACUAGAGCCUGACAUCAGCAAAGAGGAAUCAGAGGAUCAUGAUCCCAUAUACAUGGGUUACAAAGCUGUUCUGGACUCUAAAUCUUAUGAUGCAACCUUGGCAAAACAUGCAAGUUGGGAGCCAAGGCACUCUAGACACUGCUACAGAUACCCUUGGCAGCAAUAUGUAAAAUUGGGAGCUGUUCUACGGCGUUUUGGAUAUACAGUUGUGGCCCUCCAUGGUUGUUUGGAAACUGAAAUCCAGACACCGAGAUCUGUGAGAGCUCUUUUUAGAGAUCCAUGCACUCAACUAGCUGGAGAAGUAUCAAAAGCAUUGACGGAACUAGCAGAUAGUAUCAGGAAGCGUCGCCAAUGCUCACCAGAUGUUAUAUCUGAUAAUCUCCAUAAAGCCCUUAAUGAUCUCAACACUGCCUUGAAAUCACAACCGAGGCUUUUUGUUGGUUCAGAGACAAACCAAACAAGCAAUAUGCUAGCUUUAGCAGCUGUAACAGCCAGGCAAAGUGUAGAUAAUCACUUACCAAGUGCAAAUACAGAAUCAUCCACAUUGCACGACUGGAAAUUAUCCAAAAGGGUAUCCAAGAAGACCAAAGAAGCAAGAAAAGUUUUAAGGCCAACGUUAAGCAAGAAUGCAAUCACCAGUCUCGAGUUCUCAGAGGCACUUCCAUUUGCUGCAUUUGCUUCUUUGCUAGUAGAGACAGUGGCAAGACUUGACAUUGUUAUCGAUGAAGUUGAAGAGUUAGGAACGAAGGCUAAUUUCAAAGAAUUUUAUGCUGAUGAUGAGAUAACUGUGACUUGUGAGAGGUUUAAGGUGGAAACUGCUUCUGAUCUCAAAAAUAACCUACCUGAACAAGCUGCAGAAUAAAAACCCUGCUUCCAGAUUGCAAUACUUAAAAGGCUGCAGGAGCUGUUUUAUAACUUUCACAUAAUUGUUUUAACUCGCACAAUUUUCCUGAAUCUGAAUUUUUGUUUUGAAGUUCAAAAAAUCAUUUGAUGCAGAAUGAUUCACUCACAUAACUAUUUUUAAUACUCAAUUCAU